AGGCAUCGAAUGCCCCAUUGGCAGUAGAAAAGUGGAGCCCAUGGCUUUGGUGGACGCCUCAAAUCCAGGCAAUGGUAUUCUUGUAGAUGCCAGCACCGUUGGGCGGCCAAUAGGCGACACAUCCUCGUCCGCUGUUUUUGUCAACGAACUCCCCAAGAACUUCCAAGGUGGUGAUGAAGCUUUGCAUUUUGCUCUUGGAGACCUCUUUGGGCAGUAUGGGAAGAUCAAGAAAAUUGAGCUGUACAUGGAUGAGGGCAUAUUGGAAACGAAGAACUUCAAGGGCGAGGCGCUUGUCGUAUACCACACCAGCAAGUUCACUGGAACUCAUGAUGCUGGAGAUCCAGUCUACGAGGCUUGUCGUGACCUAGACGGAAGGGUGCGAGUGCUUGGGUAUCGGAAUUGGCGCAUUCGAUGUGAGGCAGCUGUGUGGCAGAAAGAAGGUUUCAAUGUGAAGGAUCGGGCGAAGAAGUCUCCUUGUGUUGAAAUUGCAAAUUUAUGGGAGUACACUGCAUCGACUCCAAUGUCAUGGUUCAUCGAGAUUCAGGAUGUGAUCAGGAAGCAUGUUGCCGAGCACAUCAAAGAGCCUUUUGUUAAGGUGGAGCCUUCCGAAGGAUCAGCACUGAUUUGGUGCAAAGGAGCCCAGGACGCCAUGAAGCUUGCUUCGUUGAUGCAAAAGAGUUACUUUAUGGGCCGGAAGGUCAUUGCCUCUUUGUGCAGAAAAGAAAAGCCAGUCUCGGAAGCUCUGCCACAGGUCCCGCGCCAUCUUUCAAUGAAGAGAACUUCAGAGACGUCACUACUGGAACAAGUGGAGUCCCAAGAUAUGCAGAGUUGGCAACAGUUUCUCAAUGUUGGCAAGCAGGCAGCCAUAAAGCCUGGCAAGCUUGAUCCAGAAGUUGCUGCGGCGAUCAGGAGACAGGCAGAGGAGGCUGAAGUCCGCACGGCCCCAACGAAGGAGCAGACUGAGCCAAAAGCUAUGGAAGGUCCAUCAUUUCUUCUAAGAGAAGGAUGUCAAGUGAUCCUUAAGGGCCUUGUCUCCAAGCCAGAGAACAAUGGCAAACGUGCCAAUAUUGUUCGUUACUUGGAAGACCAACAGAAGUACCAGGUCAGUUUGGAAGGUAGAUUUGUUAAGCUGAAGCCAGAGAAUGUGGAGGCAGUGGAAGAACCAUUGCCAAAGCGACUUCCAAAGGCACUGGAGGAAGAAGAAGAAGAAGCUGAUGAAAAUGCUGAAGCAUCCGCACAGGCAACAGCCUGUGAAAUGGCAAACCCUGCAGCCAAAGCAGCUGACAAGAGCGAUGUUGAUUUGGUAGCGACUGUUUGUAUAGAUCCGGCACUCCUGGGCAAGAAAGAGGAGGAGGCGGAGGAACGAGGCAGAAGUAGAUCACGAGAGCGGUGGCGGAAAGAGAAAAUCGAUGCGAUAUCUGCUCGAGUUGAAGCAAACAAAGCAGAGGGAAAGCGCUGCGGAUGGGUUGUCUCAGGACCAGACCCGACACAGGCUUUGAAGCAGGAUUUGGGCGCAAAGGAGCCUGAAGAAUCCAGGGAAGAACUCAUGAAGCUUUCUGUCUCAGCUCUGAAGCAACUCCUCAUCAAGUUUGGAAAAACAGGACGUGGCUGCCUGGAGAAGAAGGACUUCGUUGAUCGACUCAAACCAGAAUAGCGCGAGCUUGCAGUCUGGCAAAGCCGUGUAAUGUGAAGAGACUCUCAAAUUUCUGGGAGACGCUGUAGAAAAA